AUGACCAGGAAACACAAAACAACUUCGGGUUGUGAGAAGGAGAUCUCAAGAGGUCCUCACAGGCCGCAGAGACCCAGUAAAGCGAGGGAGGGAAACACUGCAGGAUCAUCUGCACCAACUGCUCAGACCAGUGAAUCAGGUGAUAAAGCUAUCAAACCCCUCUCUGACAAGUUCUUAUCUGCUGAAACAAAGAAGAGAUUUGAGAAAUUUAAGGGGGUUGAGGUUCUGGCAGAAAGGAACGUGAAUGUUAUGGAUUUCCGAAAGAAUAAUGUUUGGGAUCUGUUUGCUGAACGUCAACUUACUGGAACCAUGACUUAUGCAUGCUCAUUUAGCAAAGGACUUAAAACCUCCAUUGAGCAUCAACGUAGAUUGAAUCCCACCAUGAAGGAGGUAGUGAAGAAAGAGGUGCUCAAACUGUUAGAUGCGGGUAUCAUUUACCCGAUUUCGGAUAGUGCAUGGGUUAGUCCCGUGCAAGUUGUACCACAGAAGGGGGGUAUCACUGUGGUAGAGAAUGAGCGUAAUGAAUUGAUACCCACUAGGACGGUUACGGGUUGGAGAAUGUGUAUUGAUUAUAGGAAGCUGAAUUCCAACACCCGUAAAGACCAUUUCCCGUUACCCUUCAUCGACCAAAUGCUAGAGAGGUUAGCCUUGCAUUCCCACUUUUGCUUUCUUGAUGGCUACUCGGGAUUCUUUCAAAUCCCCAUUCACCCUAGCGACCAGGAGAAAACCACCUUUACAUGUCCAUAUGGCACCUUUGCAUACCGUAGGAUGCCUUUUGGUUUAUGUAAUGCACCGGCGACAUUUCAGAGAUGCAUGACUGCUGUAUUUUCUGAUCUUAUUGAGGAUGUUAUGGAGGUGUUCAUGGAUGAUUUUUUCGUCCAUGGACCCUCCUUUCCCGUGUGUCUAAUGAAUUUGCGCCGAGUGUUGGACAGGUGUGUUGAGGCGAAUCUUGUGCUGAAUUGGGAGAAGUGCCAUUUCAUGGUCCAAGAGGGCAUUGUGCUAGGCCACAAGAUUUCGAGAAAGGGGAUUGAGGUUGACCGAGCUAAGGUCGAAGUAAUAGAGAAGCUGCCGCCUCCACGGAAUGUUAAGGGAAUCCGGAGUUUUCUGGGACAUGCCGGGUUCUACAGGAGGUUCAUCAAGGACUUCUCGAAGAUUUCGAGGCCUUUGACCGAAUUACUUGCAAAGGACGCGCCCUUUGAGUUCACCCAUGAGUGCGAGGCUGCCUUUGAGACUCUGAAGAAGGCGUUGAUUUCUCCGCCUAUUAUUCAGCCACCGGAUUGGGAAGCUCCCUUUGAGCUUAUGUGCGAUGCGAGCGAUUUCGCCGUCGGGGCUGUCUUGGGUCAAAGGAAAGACAGGAAGCUGCAUACCAUUUAUUAUGCGAGUCGAACUUUGGAUGAUGCACAAGUCAAUUACUCCACCACUGAGAAGGAAUUACUCGCCAUUGUCUUUGCCUUUGAGAAGUUUCGGUCUUACUUGGUCGGGUCGAAGGUGAUUGUGUACACCGACCAUGCUGCUUUGAGGUACCUCCUAUCCAAGAAGGAUGCCAAGCCGAGGUUGAUCAGAUGGAUUCUCUUGCUACAAGAGUUUGACUUGGAGAUUAGAGAUAGGAACGGUACAGAGAAUGGAGUGGCCGACCACUUAUCUCGGAUUGAGCGACAUGAAGAUAUUCCCAUUGAUGAUUGUCUCCGAGAUGAUUGCGUGAUGGCUGUCCAAGUGAAAGAGAGAGACCCGUGGUAUGCUGAUUACGUGAACUUCAUUGUUAGCGGGUACAUUCCUCACGAGCUGGAUUACAACGGGAAGAAGAGGUUCUUCAGAGACAUCAAAGAUUAUUUUUGGGAAGAACCCUACCUCUUCAAGAGAGGCAAGGAUGGCCUCUUUAGGAGAUGCGUGCCCAAAGAGGAAACGAGCGGACAAGUUGAAGUCUCGAAUAGGGCGAUCAAGGCGAUACUUGAGAAGACGGUGUCAAGGUCAAGGAAAGAUUGGGCAUCCAAGCUUGAUGAUGCUCUAUGGGCGUAUAGGACAGCCUUCAAGACACCCAUCAGUAUGUCUCCCUUUCAACUUGUCUAUGGGAAAGCUUGUCACUUGCCGGUUGAGCUUGAGUACAAGGCAUACUGGGCAAUUAAGAAGCUUAAUUACGAUUGGAAAUCCGCUGCAGAGAAGCGAGUGUUGCAGCUUCACCAACUUGAUGAGAUUCGGUUGGAUGCCUACGAGAAUGCCCGGAUUUACAAGGAGAGAACUAAGAGAUGGCAUGAUCGUCGGAUUUUGCAGAGGGAUUUUAAAGAAGGUGAUCAGGUACUUCUCUUUAACUCAAGGCUCAAACUAUUUCCAGGAAAGUUGAGAUCGCGUUGGUCGGGGCCUUUCACGAUUAAGCAAGUCUACCCUCACGGAGCAAUAGAGUUAUAUGGCUAUGGAGGGGAUACAUUCAAGACCAACGCACAACGGUUGAAGAUUUACAACCCUGGGGAGCAUGACAAAGAGAGGAGCACAGACCUUGAUGCAGGAAAACAGGAGAUGAAGCGAGAAAUCAGGAUGCUGUCUGGAACGGUCGUUCUGCUGCCGGCGGGUUCCCUAGUGCAUGACCAGAAGUGUUGGGACAUCAAACCUAGUGCCUUUUGA